AUGAAAAAUAACUACGGAUACACACAGGGCAGAAGAAUCCUCGAUUUCAAAUGCAAACUCAAAGCGAUAGAAUUUGCAGAAGUGAAAGAGAUCUUACCUGCAACGAUUUCGAAGAUGUCAAACAAGAAAACUAGAGAGGAGGUUCCUACGCAAGUUAUAGAGAAUGGUGAUGAAGAUCUUGCAGAGAAUAAAGUUCUUUGUUGCAGAGAAAAUCCAUAUGAAGCUUGUGCCGAGAGAUUGAAGAAUCUCAAGAGGAGUUUGCUACAAAUUUUUUUCGGUUUUGAAGGCGUAACAUCAUGGUUUGGCCCGACUUUGAGGCUAGUUUCCGAGUGCAAGAGGUCAUGA